CGAUGAUAUUUCUCUGCUCUACUGAGAGCAUCAGCGCUAUAUUGCGGCAUAUAUUACGCACUAAUGCAGAACAUUUCCAAUUCCGCGAAAACUCAGUUUCCGAAUAUUUCGGAGUCCCGAAUUCAGGAUUUUUGUUGUGGUUGAUUCUUCAAAAACUAUGGUGAAAGAACGCGCGGCUUACUCUCGCGAAGAUGAAACUCGCAUGUGGAUGUACUUGUACGAACAACUGCGAAAGGGUGUGCCUGCCGCAUGGCAACCCAAAGGUCUUGAAAUUUGGAAAAUGUAUGCGCUUGAAAAUGAGGGAAGAACAGCGGAUAGUCUGAAUUCCAGGUUCCGUAAAAAUAUGAUAAACAAGCUUUAUGAUGCAAAUCUUCCUUGUAAUGUCAUGAUGUACCUCUAUUUGCGUUAUCAGAUUCCGAUGAACAGUGAUGUCAAAACUGGACUAGAGCUGAGAUUUCAAAUCCAAAUCGAACUGAAGCCUUCGGGGACCUUGAAAGCUUUCAAGCGAGUUUCACGAGAAGAACGCGUACAAGCAGGGAGGUCACCGAUGACAACACCUCCACGCCAGGAGGACACGGGACCCAAUCGUUUGUUCAGUAAUGAAUCCCCUUCCACUUCCACGGGAAGAACACCGGGAUCUCUGGAUUUUACGAGGGAGAUUCAUAAGGUUGAGAAAGACUCCAUCAGAAGGCUGAGAUUGGAAGAAUUGGCAGCCGACCGCAAUGAGGCUAUGGCCAUUGAGGAAAGUGACGACAUCGAAGAUCUCGAAGAUCUGGUGGAGACUCCGACUUUGAGCAGCGCUUCACACGACGAGAAUGCUCCGCAACAGGUGGUUGAAGCUCAUGAAGUGCCUUCGCAGUCGUCGGUUCUCCAGGUGGCAGCAGGUACCAGCGCAGAAGUGGGACAAGCUGAAGGACCUUCCGCUGGGCCUGGUCAGACCCCUACAAGUGGUGAAGCCAUCGUAGUGGACGAUGUUGUUGUCUCGACAACAAGCGAUUCAUGCCAGAACGCUCUCGAUCGAUGUUUCGCUGCUUACGGAAUUGAGAAAUCCUCCAGAGAAGAGAACGAUUGGCGCAGUUCUGAGAAGGUCAUGUUUCUCACUUCUAAGUGGCAUGAGAAAAUGAAAGAAGUGAUUGCAUCUUACGAUCUUACGGCUGAAGGUACCGAAGGCAUGAUUGGUGUGGUAUCGAGAGAGCAGAAGAGAUUACUGCUUGAGUCGAAAUAUGAGUCCGACUAUCUUCGCUCUCUGCUCUCUGUUAAAUCCGUCGUCAAAGGGGAGUUAGAUAGAUUGAGCGCAGCGUUUCGCUCUCCAUCGCAUUCUCGUCCUAUCGUAAAGAUUCCUGAUCAAGGUUAUUCCCUUCAAAUUAGGAAUGUCUACGAAAAUAUAGGCACGGCAGAUCGUGAAGAAGCAUUGAGAAACAUUGUGUUCAACCAUAUGUCUAGUUCUUUACAUCCUGCCCAUAUAGUAGCAACACUGGAAGAUUUAGAAAAUGUGGAGGAGUUGGUAGCUGCAUCUUCUGCGAACAAGGAGGAUUACAAUGCUAAAAUGAAGCAAGUCGAGGAUGCUGUCAAAAAGAGGGUGGCUGCUACUGAAUAGAAGGUGUUGAACAACUCCAACUGUAAACCUUUUCCGGUUCGCAUUAUUCUGCUUAUGCUUUAAUUUUGAAGUCAACUCAACGUGCUAAUCUUCACUUGAUAUUCACUUGCUCUCAGUUUUGCAGGGAUCUCCGUUUUACUCUUAAAGAAGAUCUUCCUUUUUUGUUGUAGAGAGAGUUUCAUAUUUGCUUUUGUAUCUUAGCGCGCUUCAUCUUUCGUUUUUUUUGUGAAGGGAAGCAGAGUACACAGAGCAUUCAUGCACAUCCUGUGGGUUCCAACUUGAGCGAAUCAGAGAUCUGGAAAUGCAGCACUCAGUAUUCAAAAGCAUGUGAAACUUUUCUCAUUUCUAUAAUAUAAGCUUAAAUUACGCAUUUUCUGGGAUCUAUCACUUGCACAUGAGAUAAAUAUUGCC